AUGAAAUUCCUUUUACAGAAUUUGGAUCAGUACUUCCUCCUGGCGCAGGAGUCAGCCUCAAAGACAGCUGAACUGCUCAAGUCUUGCAGACUUCAGCAUGACCGAAUCGUCCAGAAUUGUGCAUCGAAUUUGGAUAACAUAAACUCUGCGGAGGAACAGCAAACGGACCGCGGCGAGUUCCAAUGGCUGUCUGCCCUUCUUGAGACGCAGAAUGGCCGUUUGGAAACCUAUUGUAGACAGUUCCACAUGUGUCGACCGUACUGGCAAGAAUAUGCAACACUGUGGCAAACAUUCACGACGGAAGCUGUGCGUCAGAAGCAUCAAAUUGAGAUGUUGCAACUCAACCGACUACCCUCGGAGCAGAUGUCAGCCUCGAGCAAACGUAACGAGGCGAGCAUUGGCACUAUCAGGUUAACCAACAACUGCAAACCAACUGGGUUGACACUUUAUCGUGAAGAAAAAAACAAGAAUCCGCGUGCAACCUGA